CAAAUGGCUGCUAAAGCAGUUGUCUCCGAAAAAAAUGAUGGACAAGAGUCUGACAAACCUAAAUCUACUGAUGCGGAAAUUAAUCAGCCAGAAACGGCUACGGCCAGCAUAGAAGUCGGAACAGCUCCGCCGCCGGCAAAAAGUGAUAGAGGUGGUGGACGUAAGCGUAAGCGCCACCUUUUUAAUGCAAUUCGAACUCAAAUGGAGUUUUACUUUGGUGACGCGAAUCUCAGCAAGGAUCGCUUUCUGCGUCGCUAUGUGGAGCAGGAUCCAUACGUCCCGCUAGACAUAUUUCUAACAUUCAACAAAAUCAAGACGCUCACACAAGAUGUGCAGCAAAUAUCCACGUCGCUGUCUAAUUCGCAGAUGCUUGAAUUGGACGAGACCGGUCUAAAAGUCCGUCGCAAGACUGCGCUGCCAGAGCAUAGGGACGUCAACGAUAAAACCCUAUACGUGGAGGCGCUGCCGUCGACUGCAACACACGAUUGGCUCAAAGAGGUCUUCAGUCGGUAUGGCCCGGUCACGUACGUGUCGCUGCCUCAUUACCCCGGCACGCGAAAGAUUAAGGAAUUUGCAUUCAUCGAAUUUGAGAAGAGCAGUUCCGUGGAGAAGGCUCUUAAAGCCUUUGCUCAGGUUCAGGGCGUUCUAUCGGUAGAGCACACAGAGCCUGGCGACUUGGCCAGCAUACGAUCGUUUCAGCAGCAACAACAGCAAAAGGCAAACACUGGCGCGGACGGGCAAGAGGGUACAACAGAAACAAAUGCUGGAGCCAAACAGACAAAAAAGCGCGAAGGCGAUAAAGAGGGUGUGCAGGAGGCCGUGGUAGCCAAGCGGGCUAAACUUGAGCCGCUGCAGGAUCAAAGUGAAUCAUCUGCUGCCGAGACCACCGACGCAGACGAAGACAACACGCAGCCAAGUGACAGUGACAAUAACAAUGAGGACAAGGAGGUUUCUAGAAAACAAAAGCGUCGCCGAAAGCAAAAGAAGAAGAUCGUCGCGGACAAGCUCAGGCCGAACAUUGAACCCAGCGCCUUGGAGCUGAAGAUACUGCCCAAGAGCAGCUGGUGUAGCCUGCGCAACAAGUACCUUAAUCUGCAGCGUCGCCUAAUCAGCGAGGCCAAGAGCAAGCUGUGGCGCAACUCUCAGGCUCAGCAACCAUCGCACAAGUGCACAUCCAUGCAGCUGCAGUUGCAGGCGCAGCAACAGCAGCUGGUGGAGUCAAAAGGCAGCUGUAACAGCGGCGCUAGCAGCGGUCAUGAGGAAACUGAGCCCCUCAGCGAUGCUGGGGAUGUGGCGGAAGUCCCAGUGCCACCCAAGCGUCGGAAACGCAACAAAAACGCUGGCGUACACAAAAUGAAUAUGAAUUUCUACGGCGCUGGCGGCAACGAGGCGGACGAUACCAAACCGGCAGUGAAGGCGGAAGAUGCGGCACAGGAGCGCUCGCCGCUCUUUAAAUACGAGCCAGGUCUCAUUGUAGAGUGCGCGCUCCACGAGCCCUGCGUAAACGUGAAAGACUUUAAGGCGGACAUGCGACAGUACACGGACAUUAAGUACGUGGACAUCAAAGAGGGCGAUCAGGUGGCGCAUCUGCGCAUGGCCACGCCCAGUGCCGCCGAGGAGCUGGCACGUCAACUCAGCUGCGCCGAAAUGCAGUUCAAAGUACUGCGUGGCCAGCCAGAGACUCAAUACUGGCGCAAAAUCGAACAGGAUCGCGAAGCCAAACUGACCAAAAAGGUACGUGUGCAACAGAAACGCGGGCGCGAAAAGGUUGCCAAGCUCUUGGCCAAGCACAUUAAGUUUGACGAUGCAGAUGAUGAGGUAAUCAAUGACCCGGCCUCCAGCAUCAGCAUCCCGUCCGAUAUCUAAUUUUUAACGCAAACAAUGUACAAAGAACUGAAAUAUGUAUGCAUAUAAAUUAAAAGAAAUGUAUGUACAUUAUUAAAUUA